AUGUCGGCCAAACAGCGGGAGUGAGCCUCCCCUUUAAGGAGCCGGAAGUGAGGACGGGCGGGAGAGUCGAGGCUGCGACGCUGUGGGAAGCGGAUGGCUGGCCGGCCGGAGGGAGGGGAAUUUGCAGAGGGAGGAAAAACCCAGGGAACGAUGUCAUGAGGUGAACGUGCAACCUCCACAUAGACAGCUCUGGAGGCCUUGUUUAAACCGAGAUUCAGAUGUUAACUUAUGAAUGAAAACCCACAUGACAGUCCCCAACAGCAAUACGGGACAAAUGUUAUGAACUGCUGCUGGAAGACAUUGAACUGAUUCCAUAUAAAAGUUUUAUAACUUUAAACAUCAUCCUAGCAUAUUCUGUAAGGCAGCAUGACCAUGACGCAUGUUGGAGCAGUUGUGGCCGUAUUAACUGCAUUCGUAGCGUUUUGCCUCUACUCUUCCAUACACAAGAUUGAAGAAGGGCAUCUUGGCAUUUACUACAGAGGUGGUGCGUUGUUGGUCACUCCAAGUUGCCCUGGAUAUCAUGUCAUGAUACCAUUCAUUACAUCCUUCAGAUCUGUUCAGACAACUUUACAAACAGAUGAAGUGAAAAAUGUUCCCUGUGGAACAAGUGGUGGGGUCAUGAUCUACUUCGACAGGAUAGAAGUGGUGAAUAGCCUUGCUCCAAGUGCAGUGUAUGAUAUUGCAAAGAAUUACACGGCAGACUACGAUAAGACUUUGAUCUUCAACAAAAUUCAUCAUGAACUGAACCAGUUUUGCAGUGUACACACCUUACAGGAAGUCUACAUUGAAUACUUUGAUCAAAUAGAUGAAAACCUCAAGUUGGCUUUACAAAAAGACUUGAAUGCCAUGGCACCUGGUCUUACAAUACAGGCUGUUCGAGUUACAAAACCUAAAAUUCCAGAAGCAAUUCGAAGGAAUUUCGAACUUAUGGAGGCAGAGAAGACAAAGUUGCUCAUUUCUACACAGAGGCAAAAGGUUGUAGAGCAGGAGGCUGAAACGGAAAGGAAGCGAGCUAUUAUUGAGGCAGAGAAAAAUGCACAGGUAGCGCAGAUUCAAUUCCAGCAAAAGAUUAUGGAAAAAGAAACACAGAAGAAGAUUUCAGAAAUUGAAGAUCUUGCCUAUUUAGCCAGAGAGAAAGCUAAAGCAGAUGCAGAUUUCUACACUGCCCAGAAAACAGCACAAGCAAAUCAGGUGAAACUGACCAAAGAGUAUUUGGAGAUGAUUAAAUACCAAGCAAUAUCAUCAAACAGCAAGAUUUAUUUUGGAAGUGACAUUCCGGACAUGUUUGUGGAUGCUAACGCCUUUUGGAAAAACACUGAAACGAGGACUGAGAAAAGUUCCUCCAGCAGUGAUAAAGACCAGGCAGUGCUUACAUCUGAAAGCGUCUCGAGCAGUCGGCAAAAAGAUGCACUAAAGGACUCUGGAGGCAACGCUACUUAGACUAAAUGCAGAGGACUGACCCUCUUUGUUAAAUAUUACAGAACGCUGAUUAUACAAGAGUGAAUUAUGUUCAAGUGGAUUAUGGUAUGACAACAGUCAGAUUGGGUGCAGAAUUAUACUACGGAAUAUUCAGUGGCUUUAUGUAACAAUUGCUGCAAUAGCAACAAGUUGAAAUGCUGACAUGGGUCAGAUGACUAAAGCUGGUUCUGUUCCAUUUCAGAACCUUAUCCCACGUCAAAAAUGGUUUUAUGUCUGAUUAGUAAUGUGGCGCCUAACUGAAAUUACACUAUGGUGUUCUGUGUAUUUAUCAAUACGUGUAAUGAGAAUUAAUUUUUGUACUAGUCUGGAAUUGCAUUUGGGACACCUACCAGCAGUAAAUGCUACAAUGAAGUAUUUUUCUGCUUUGAUUUUGGGUAUAAUAUAAUGAAAUGAAAGGGAAUAUAAUUGACAACUGUGAACAAAUCUUUUAAAACUUGGACAAGCUACAAUACUUUUGGAAAUAGAGCUAUGGAAUAGGAGAAAUAUAUUUUAGAAUUAUCAAGAUACCUUUGUAUUUAAACAAUAUUGGCUAAUGCCGUGCUUUUACAAUGGCAGUUGUACUCAUUGACCAAGAAUUUUUGGAUCUCAGUGGAAGAACAUUGGUCUCUUGUAGAUUGAAGUGUAGGAGACAGCUUGGAGUGAUAAGAGCUUAACUCUGUUAAAGCUGUAUCAUUGCUUCUUGGCUUGUGUUUGGUUUCUGACACUGGUAGUUUUGGGAACUAAUUAGGAUUUGCUUAAUUCUGUCCAACAUAAAACAAUCGGGGCAUUUUGUUUGCAAUUAAUGAAACUUUUUUUCUUACCAACCAGAAAUAAUCCAGAAGAAUGCAAACAGCUUUGAAGACUUGUAUGCAUCACCUCAAGUCUCUUGUGAACUAUAAUGAAAGUUGCAGUACUAAUUGUAGAGGAGAAAGAGAGUGUUGUCCUUUAGUAUUAAUUAUACCAUCCAGGGCUGACUCUGAAUUUUAGGUUAUGAUGCACAAUUGAUAAUGUUCUACUAAUGACUUUAUUUAGAACGAGCUUUCCCACAGAUUUUUCACUCUGAAAAGAAGCCAGUUUAAGAAUGCAGACACUUGAUGAAGAUUCUUUUACAUGCAAAGAGAUCUAUUCUGAUAUCUGGGUAAUUGGUAUAUGCAGAUACUAAUCUUUAUUUUUGAUAUUCAUUAUACAGUUAAGCAUUUUGCCAUGUAAUCCUUCUCUGGUGUUCUAGCUUUUAUAUGCAGUAUUUGUAUUGAUCAGAGGCUGAUUUCCAACCCCAAGCAGACUUUUGAAGGUUUUACUGUGAAGAGUAAAUAUUGGUUCCUGCGUUUGAAUCAUUUCUCAUUGUAUAAACCGGUGUCUAUUUCAAAUGAUGGUAUCUAUAGUUGUUUUUUUUUCCCAAAAGAAUACAUAUACCUAAAUAAUUAACGUUCUUGAUUUUGUUUCCAUUAUCCUUGUGGGAAUUGAGUUUCUCCAGAUUGAUUCUCUUGGUACAGAAUAUACAAAUACAGAUGCUUCAAGUUGGUAUUUCUGUUGUGGUUACUAUAAAACAGUUCAUAUUUCUGUCAUUCCAAAAUUCUGAUGUUUUACUCUAAUUGGAAUAUGCUAUUUUUUCUGUAUUUGAGGAAUGAUGGCAAUCUGAAGAACUUAAGUUUUCAUUACAUUUUUCUAAUACUCUUUAUAAGGUGCUGGUGCAUAUGCAAUCUGUGGUUGUACUUGCUUUGAAUGAUGGUGUGGGAUUUAAUUUUGCUUCUAUAGAAAAUUGUCAAAUUCAAAUUUUUGGAGAAAGGGUUUGGAACAUAAAGAAUUUAAAAUCAACAUCACAAAAUUUGCUUUAGACAUAACCUAACUGAAAAUCAAACAUUUGAGUUUUCUUCAAAAUCUGUUACAUGAGUAAACUUAUUUUGAUAUCAAA